CUAACCUUAAAAUCAGUGCAGUGAAUUUCUAUUGUGAAUAAGAAUGGAUUAUUAAUAAUCAUUGACAUGAAUUCGCUUAUCAAAAUCAGUGGAUUUUGGAGAAAUUAUCGGUUGUAUUCAGUUUUAAGUGGAAAUGUAAAUAGACAAAAUAAAACUAAGUUUCAUCUAACACUUUGUGUCUCUAAUCGUUAUUUGUUUUGGGAGCGUGAUAGAAAAGGUGGAUAUGAUACUUCUCAUAAAAUUUCCUUACUAGAUCAUUUGAAAAAUGGAUUCAAGGAAAUCACAAUAGAGUCUAAGUUAUUGGGCAAAGAAAUAAAAGCUUUGAUAGAAACGGAUCCUCUUCUUGUUGCACGACCAGGGGAGAUUGAUCUUCUUUGGUGCUUUAACGAGCCAAAUGUGUUGGACAAGUUUGUAACAACAAGUGAUAGUGAUCACAAUCAAGGUUACAGCACGUGCAGCUUAGAGAUGAGUAGUGCUGGGCGUGCACUGUUCCACGGCAACUUAGACAUGAGAGUGCCAAAAGACGGCCGAAUUAAAAAAGCCGGCUAUGCAGCGAUGAGAUCUCAAAGAAUUAGAAAAUCAUUCAAACGUGAAGCUACUUAUGACUGGCAUUUAUACAACACAUUAGUAUUGAAAGUGAGAGGCGAUGGUCGCUCAUAUUUAUUGAAUAUAUCUUGUGAAGGUUACUAUGACAUAACAUGGAACGACAUCUACCAUUAUGUACUCUACACUAGAGGCGGACCAUAUUGGCAAAUUUCUAAGAUACCCUUCUCUAAAUUCGUCUUAGGGUCAAAAGGAAGAUUACAAGACAAACAGAACAGAAUGCGGCCUGAUAAAGUGACGCAUUUCGGUAUAUCUUGUGGUGACAAGAUUCCUGGCAAAUUUAAUUUGGAAAUAGAAUAUAUUGGUAUGUCAUUAUUACGCCUAUAACUAUAAUAAACAGGAGCUUAAGCGAAGGUCUAUUAUAUAUACAUAUAUUAGUCAUUACUAUUCUAUUAAGUAUGUGUUAUAUCUUUUUCAGGAUUGGAGUUUGAUCCGACACACGAGGAAGAAUUCGCAUAUGAAAUGUAUAAAACUGAUAAAUAUAUUGUUGGUGUUUAGAAACUGAAUCAUUAAAAAUACACUUCUUUCGUAAUAUAGGAUUUACAUUUAUUAAUUCCAAUAAUCCUUAAUAAUGAAUAUCUGGUUUAAAUUAUUUUUCCAUACGAGAUAUACCUCAGGGAUUUUAAUAAC